UUUUUAGUUUACUUUGGAGUGCAAUUUAAGAAAUCCCACUUUACUGAAGCCUUAGCGAUAACAUAUUAUUAUCUACUGAGUAUCUGUCACACUAGUCGUGAUCUUUCCUUAGAUCGUAAACUUGAAACACAUAAAACUGAUACAUAUUCUCCUUGUGCAGGGUUCAUAAGCAUCGAUUGCGGAAACAGACGCACCAACAAGGACAGCACAACAGGAAUACAAUACCAUUCUGAUCAUCGAUUUGUCGAUGGUGGAUUGAGCCACAAGAUUUCAACAGAGUUCAUGGAUGAUGCCGCGAAUGAGCAACAAAAAACCUUGAGGAGCUUCCCUCAGGGCUCAAGGAAUUGCUACACGCUGCUAUCCGCCACUGGUAAGAAGUUUUUGGUGAGGGCUAUGUUUACUUAUGGCAACUAUGAUGGGUUGAACAGUACUAUGAGCGGAUCGGUUUUUCGGUUUGGGCUGCAUAUCGGUGUCAAUGUCUGGGAGGCGGUGAACUUGACCAAUUGGGAUCCAUCAAGCACAAUAUGGAAGGAGGUGCUCACCGUUGCUCCGGGCAACAACCUAUCGGUCUGCCUCAUAAACUUCGGUACAGGGACACCGUUCGUGUCUUCGUUGGAGCUGAGGCCACUGCAAGAUGUGAUGUACCCUUUUGUGAAUUCUUCGGUGUCAAUCAGCUAUUUUAGACGGAUCAGAUUUGGUCAAGCCACUGAAUUUAUCACAAGAUAUCCAUUGGACCGGUACGACCGGUUCUGGGAGGGCUGGUCUUUCUCCUACAACACCUACCCCUGGAUGACCCUAAACACUAGCAGUCCAGUGAGGAGGCUACCCGGCGACAACACCUUCCAGGUACCAGAGGGCAUCCUCCAGCAGGCCAGCACCCUAGACACAAACUACUCCUUCUUCGAGAUCAAUGUGGCAGUGGGUCCCAACCUGGACCCAACGAACCUGCAGCUUCUCCCGAUCUUCCACUUUGCCGAGGUCGUUGACAACAAUCCAAAUAGGUCGUUCAACAUCUACAGCGGCGACGAAAUGUUGUUCCCAGACUUCUCACCUUCGCGAUCCCAGGUGGACAGCAUGCACCAGAAUGGGCGCUUCUUGCAUAACCCCGCAGCCUCCUUCCUCCUGAACAAGACCAACAACUCGGUGCUCCCACCGCUCAUCAAUGCGUUCGAGCUGUACUCUCUCGUCCGGAUGGAUAACCUCACCACUGACUCCAACGACGUCAAAUACAUGAAAGAAGUCAAGAAGCACUACAGUGUGGCACGAAUAAACUGGAAUGGUGAUCCAUGCUCACCGAGAGAGUAUUCCUGGGAAGGUUUGACUUGCGACUACUCUAAGAGCAACCCGAAUCCGAGGAUUGUCGCAGUAAAUCUGUCUACCAGCGGACUGAAAGGUGGAUUAACCAUAUCAUUCAUGAACAUGGUAUCACUGGAAACCCUGGAUUUGUCACACAACAAUUUGACAGGAGGUAUUCCAGAGUACGAAAUGAAGUCAAUGAAAGUUUUCGAUUUGUCAUAUAACCAGCUCGAUGGACCAAUCCCUCAUUCUAUUCUUCAAAGAUAUCAGGCUGGUCUGCUUGACUUAAGAUUAGAAGGCAAUCCUAUAUGCUCAAAAUUCAAAGAUACGUAUUGCUCAAAUAAGAAGAAGAGCACCACACCCGUCAUGCUCAUUGCAGUGAUAGUUCCUGUGGUACUGGUGUCCCUCCUAGUAGUGAUGGGCACACUCUGGAAGUUAUACUGGAAAGGGAAGUCGGGAGACGAUAAAGAGUAUGCUAUGUAUGAAGAGGAGGAGACUCCCCUACAUAUUGAUAUCAGACGGUUCACGUAUGCAGAGCUGAAGUUCAUAACUAAUGACUUCCAAUCAAUCAUUGGAGAAGGUGGUUUUGGUAUUGUUUAUCAUGGCACACUGGAAAAUGGUGAUGAGGUAGCUGUUAAGGUGCUUAAGGAGACAUCAAUAUCAGAAUCAACAGACUUCCUCCCUGAGGUGCAAACCUUGUCCAAAGUUCAUCACAAGAAUCUCGUGACUUUGCAAGGAUAUUGCCAGAACAAGAAGUGCCUUGCAGUCGUUUAUGACUUCAUGCCUAGAGGAAAUCUUAAACAGCUUUUAAAAGGAGGAGAUGACUAUAGUUUGACCUGGGAACAGCGACUUCAUAUUGCCCUUGAUGCUGCGCAAGGACUGGAGUAUCUACACAAGGCAUGCACCCCAUCAAUAGUGCACAGAGAUGUCAAGACCCCAAACAUCCUUCUGGACAAGAAUAUGGUGGGGGUAAUAUCUGAUUUCGGGCUUUCACGGGCUUUUAACGAUGCCCACACACACAUAUCUACUGUUGCUGCUGGCACUCUUGGCUACCUCGACCCUGAGUACCAUGCAACUUUCCAACUCACUGUCAAGACAGACGUUUACAGCUUCGGCAUCGUGCUCUUGGAGAUCAUCACCGGCCAAUCCCCAGUAGUUAUGGACCCUCAAGCUGUCCACCUACCAAAUUGGGUGCGGCAAAAGAUAGCUAACGGCAGCAUUCACGAUGUUGCAGACAAGAAACUGCUGGAUCUGUACGAUGCCACUUCCCUGCAGAGUGUAGUGGACCUGGCCAUGAACUGCCUCGAAAACGCAGCCAUCAACAGGCCGACCAUGACCGAGGUUGCUUCAAGGCUCAAAGUGUGGUUGCCAGCUGUUUCUGGGACCCCUCGACAUACGGACUCCAUGGAUACUGAAAUUCCAAGGCAGUUCCGGCUGAUGAUUUCAAGAGCAAGAAACGAGGGGAUAUCCUUCCAGUCUGGCUAUACCAAUGGGAUUUCACAAACGAGCCUCUUUUCUGGACGGUGAAAGGGAGACGCCUAGUGUGUUUCUUGUUGGAUCCUCUUAGAUAAUGUUUGGUAAUUUGCUUAAUUGUGUUGCCAUUGAUCGUCCGUAAACUGGAGUUUAGUAAUUGUAUGACUUUCAGAUUCUAAUAUUGCUUGUUUCUACCGGUAAUAGUGCUCAAGCAUGAAGCUGCUCGUGCAUCAAGACCUAACCCCUUCCAUUUGAGAACUCGGUGGCCCAUUAAUUAGUGCCCGUACAUCAGGUCCACAGCAAUCCUAAGACAAAGUGGUCUGCGUACACAUUGCCGCCUAAGGAUUCGGCCUUUUAUUCCCCAUUCUCU